CGGGCUUUUAUCUGGUCCUGGCAUGUUUUCUCCCCAGACCUGUGGAUAGUUGGUCGACACUUAUCGCAGAGCGCGGAUUAUGGCGUCCGAAUUUAUCGGCUACAAUGUACUCGUGUCGCUGCGAGCGCCACCGAAUGCGACAGUGCAGGGACAAGUAGCUAAUGUCAUCGGCCAGCGUCUAAUGCUCCGAAACGUGACGCUUUCCUGGCUCGGUCACCAACUUCCUGAGUAUUCCAUCGAAGCCCCCGAUAUUGCGGAUCUCUCUCUUGGACCAUCGACUCAGCCCAUCGCACAGCGUCCGCCCCCACCCGCUCCUGCCGUACCCCCUGCACCACACUCUUUCGUGGACCCGGCGAUCUUGAGCUUUUCGAAGCCACCCUAUGUACCAUCUGCACAGGGUACAGAGUCGGGUCCCGCACAGCUUCCAGCUCCGUCCAUCAGCCGGUCUACUUCCCAAACCUUCCAAUUCCCGCAGCUGGCUCAUCGUGACCAAGCUGCUGUCCUCGACGAACCUUUUAGCAACCUGGAGCUCGACGUUGGGAAGAGUGGAGAAAAGAGCCUCAAGGCCGGACAAUCUGGUUCUGUCCCCGGUGGAAGGGAGAAUCUGAAUUCAUCGCAACCAACUCCCCAAACCGGCCCGAAGGCCAAUCGUCGCACUGGUCAACCGAGGACCCCUAAGCCAGUUAAUGAGCAUGAUGGAGCGACGAAUACGGACCCAAAAAGCAAAGGGUGGCGCCAGACUGCUUUCGUCGAACCUUCUUAUCUGCACCUGAACCGAUCGCUCAAUAAACAGCGCCGGAAGAAGAAGAACAAGGCAAAUUAUGCGGAGGACCCUAAUGGUUGGGCAACUGAGGAUGCCACGGAUAUUCAGGAGAUGGGGGAGUUUGAUUUUCAGAGCAAUCUCUCCAAAUUCGACAAACGAAAGGUGUUCGAAGAAAUUCGGAACGAUGACACGACUGCUGACGAGGACCGCUUGGUCAGCUUCAAUCGAAAGCCCCCCAAGCCUGGGACAAACGGUGGGAAGAACUUACACUGGACAGAAAACGUGCUCGAUAGCCUGGAGGAGACCGAGAGCGAGGAUACAGACCAGGUACCCAGCGAUGCAAAGCUAAGUAGCGGAACCUAUUCUGGCCGCGAACGGUCCAGAGCGUCGCGGGCAUCCAGUUCCCGCAAGGGAAGCGCCAUUUUGGGCCAGCCGUUGGUGCCACCGCAGAUCAAUACUCUUGGACGCGGCCAGCUAAGCACUUCUCGCACCACCAGCCCUCGGCCCAAUAAGUCGUCUGUUUCCGCAUCUCCGAUAAGUGGUCCGGGUGCACCAGGAGCCUCUUUGCGGCUCACUACAACCAACCGAAGCUGCCCAACCGUGAGUCCAUUGCAGACCCUUGAGGUGGAGCAGAUUGCGGUUGCCGAACUAGGCCUGACGGAGGACAUGAUCACGGAAAAUACGGGACGCGGUAUUGCGGAAGCUGCUGUUGGUCUUCUUUCGAGCGACGCGGCUGCACCCACAAUGCUGGUGCUCACGGGUAAUCACCGAACCGGGGCCCGAGCCGUCUCUGCGGCUCGUCAUCUCCGCAAUCGGGGUCACCGUGUGACUGUGUGUAUGCUAGGCAUCGAGCAUGAGAAUGAGUUACUGGAGAGUUGUCGUAAGCAGCUUGAAGUGUUCAAGAAGAUUGGCGGACGAGUCCAUAGAUGGGAGGACCUAUCGACCCGGCUUUCGACAUCCGAGUUCGCGCCCGACUUGGUUGUCGAUGCGUUGUUUGGAAUUCAUAUAGCUUUUGAUGAUCUCCGUACGGAUGAUCAAGCUACUGCCUUUGAGAUGAUCUCUUGGGCUAACCGAAGCAACCUCGAAAUCCUGUCUGUUGACGUGCCUUCGGGGUUGUCAGCUAUGAGUGGCGAAGCAACUACGGUAGAAGGUGGUCGGUUGUGCAUCAACUCGAGAUCGGUCGUUUGUCUUGGGGCUCCUAAAACAGGGAUAGUCAAUGCGCUGCUUUCCGGAGAGGGACUGUCGUGGAAUCUCUCGGUGGCGGACAUUGGCAUUCCUCAGAUAGUCUGGAGAAAAUAUGGCAGCCGGCGGCGACAUGGGAUUGACUUUGGUAACCGUUGGGUAGUACCGUUGCGUUACCAGCCUUCCCCUACUCCCACUAUCAAUGGCCUAUUGAUCACGCAUUCGGAGUGGGCAUCGGAGGAUGCAUUCUCCGCCAGCGCUGGAGCUGGUGUGGGCAGAGCGAAAAGAGGAGGGGUCGACACCGCGUUUAAACGUCUUCCGUUCAACUUUUGCUCCCUCUCGCUACAGCCGUUUUCACACCCAGUGUGUACCCCGACAGGCACGAUCUUCGACCUUACAAACAUUCUCCCUUGGAUCAAAAAGCAUGGGACGAAUCCCGUGAAUGGCGCUCCUCUCAAAGCUUCCGAUCUCAUCAAGCUUCAUCUCGCCAAGAACGAGUCGGGGGAGUAUGUCGACCCGGUUACGUACAAGGUUUUCACGGAUAAUACGCACAUUGUCGCGCUGCGUAAUACGGGGAACGUCUUCGCCUGGGAUACUGUCGAACGGUUGAACAUUAAAGGAAAGCUGUGGCGGGAUCUGGUUACGGAUGAGGAAUUCUCCCGGAAAGACAUCAUCACGUUGCAGGACCCGCAGAACAUCGAGUCGCGGAACUUGAGCUCAUUCAACUAUUUGAAGGAGGGAGAGAGUGGGUUGACCGACGAACAAAUCCGGGAGAGGGAGGACCCUUCCAACAAUGUUAAUGUUAAUGCGUUGGGGAGUUCGGCAAAGAUCCUGAAGGCGAAGGAGGCUGUGGCCAAGGCUCGUGCAGAAAGAGCCCAACGAGUUGGGUCCGCAGCCACGGCAAAGGAAUUGUCCAAGACUGGAGGUACAGGGAAUGCGGCGCAGUCUCAGAAGACGGCAUCGUAUCAAUCUGGCAAGGCUGUUCCAUACAAUGCGGCCAGGCACACGACUGGUUUGGCUGCCGCCUCAUUCACUAGCACAGGGAUGACGCCCCACACAUCUGCCGAGCUCGCACUUUUAUCCGACGAGGAGUACAUGCUGAAGAGGGGUCGAGUGAAGCAGAAAGGCUAUGCUCGUAUUUCAACUACCGCCGGGGAUGUGAACCUGGAACUGCACACUGAGUAUGCGCCCAAGGCUGUGUGGAACUUCAUCAAACUAGCCAAGAAGGACUACUACAAAGAUGUCACUUUCCAUCGCAACAUUCGCGGAUUCAUGAUUCAGGGUGGUGACCCCUCUGGAAAUGGCAGGGGAGGCGAAAGCAUCUGGGGGAAAUACUUUAACGAUGAGUUUGAAGGGCCACUGAAGCACGACUCCCGGGGGACCCUCAGCAUGGCUAAUAAAGGCAAGAAUACCAACAGCAGUCAAUUCUUUAUCGCUUACCGUGCCCUGCCCCAUCUGAACAACAAGCACACCAUUUUCGGUCAUGUCAUUGAUGAUCCCACCCCCUCCUCCACGACCUUGAAUAACCUUGAAAUGCACCCGACCAACCCGACCACUAACCGACCCACCCCCGAUGUUCGCAUUACCGAUGUUACGGUGUUUGUCGACCCCUUUGAGGAGUUUCUGAAGCAGAAGCAAACGGAAGAGGCGAAGGCGAAGGGUCAGGUUGUUAACCCCGAGGAGGAAGAGCAGAAUGCGCGUCGCGCCGAGGACGAUCGGAUCACCUGGACUGGCAAGAGGGUCCGUGGCUCGGGGGAGGGGGCGAAGGAAGAAGGUUCCGGUGGAGUAGGGAAGUACUUGAAAGCAGCGCUGGCUGAGAGGGCCGGCCAAGAGGAGGACGAGAUAGUCGAGUUCGUGGAUGAUGAGCCCGAACCCGAGCCCACGAGGAAGAAAUUCAAGGGCGGCGGUGGGUUUGGUGAUUUCAGUUCCUGGGAUUAGUCUGGGGGCACUUCUCUCUCUUUGUUUUGGCCCCCUGCGUUCUGUGUAUCACCAUGGGGGUAGGAGUAGAUCAAAUGUCAGAAUCACAACAAGGCGUUGAUUGCCAAACGAUUGCGGGCUGGGGGCCAUAGUCUUAGGUCAGUGUAAUUCGAGCCUUGACAUUAUUCGAGAUGGGGGUUCCGCAUUGACCAGGAUUAGGUUCACUUGAGGGUUGAUCAGGAUCGAUAAGUGAGGAUUGUGACGCUGCUGCGGUGCCGAUUAGUAUUGUAUGACUGUGCAAGGGGAUGGAUCUGGC